GGGUCAUGUCACAAAUUAAGACUGCGUUAACAAAAACUGCUGCUCAUCUGACUAGGAAACUUGCUAAUACUAGCCAAUGUUUGCUAAAUGUAAACUGUUAAAGCUAGUUAACACAUGCUUAAAGGCUAGUGAGCACAGGAGAAAAUGCAAACUGUUUAAAUAACAUUAAAAAUCUCAGCUUCACGACUCCAAUGGCCUCCCCAGAGAAAGAUAAGGUGGAGGAGGAGGUUCCCGAUCUGCACCUGAGUUUCGUCUUUGGGAAUAGUUUUGUCAAACCAAAAAACCCCGACACUCAGUGUGUGGACGCUCAGCCCCAGGAGCAUCCUGAAUAUUACCCAACAGAGACCGUGUGUCUGAGCAGAACUCAUCUGAAACAUGUCACAGACAGUAUUUUGAAAAACAGCGCAGUAAAGUGUUUAUACCUCGAAGGAAACCGGAUAACAAGCAUCCCAGAAUCACUGUUCAUCAGCCUUCCCAACCUGCUGUGGCUGGAUCUCAGAAAUAACCAAAUUGACACACUCCCUGCUGAAAUUGGCUCGCACAGAUGUCUGAAGACUUUACUUUUGGAAGGAAAUCCCAUCUCAGAACUGCCGGCAGAGUUAGGUAAUGUGAUCACCCUGAGAGGACUCCACUUGAGGAACUGCCCCAUCACAUUCCCCCCACAGGACAUUGUGACCCAGGGGGUCCACAGCAUCAUGCAGUACCUCAGGACUUUUCUGGCUAUGCGUCCGGUCAGCGUGAUGAAGACCUCUCCAGUGGAACUGCCAGUGGUGGAGAAGCUUCAGCUGUCGGAGCUGACGGGGUCAAGCGUGGAGGAGCAGGAGGAGUCUGUGGAUGAGGCCGAGCUGCAGAGAUUCAGGGAACUCAAACACAAGAUGAUCCUCCUCGACAAAGCUGAGCUGGGGUCUAUUGCACAGGGUGACAUGAAGUCAUAUCCUCUUCCUGUUAUCAAAAGGAGAAAAGCGACUGGCAAGGCCAGCAUAAUUCCCGAGCUGCCGCUGUUUGACACUCAGCAUUGGAAGAGACCGGAGGAGAGGAGACAGGCUGCAAUGAAGGAGCUGAAGGAGAAACAAGCUAUCCUCGAGCAGAGGAGAAAAAGCCAGGAGGCUCUUCGGACAUGGCGCUCACAGUCCAAGCCAGACAAGCCAAAGAAACAGGGAAAACAGAGAAAUCAAGAGGAAGCAGACACAGAUUUAAAACCUGGUGUGGUGGACAGAAGAGGCUCCCUUCAUACUCAGCCUCCCACAAAGCAUGAAGAGUCCAGAUCUGCCCGUGAGCUGGAACGUCAGAUCCGUGCUCAUGUGGAGACGAUACAGGAGCGACGCAGGAAUCCCAGGGGCACCAGCAGGGAGCAGAUGGCAGCAGCAGGGCAAGAUAUGGAGGAGAUGAGGAAGCUGCAGACUCGGCUUCUUGAGAGGAAGACAAAUCCAGAAAGAAAACUUGAAAAGCGUUUCAUCAUUUGCACUGGAGACACCUCGCCAAGUUACCUUGACAACUGACUGCUGUUCGAGAUUUGUCAUCUUGAAUUCCUUCUCAAAACUUAUUGUAGAGAGUUAUUUAAGAACUUCCAGUGUAUUACAUGAAUAACCAUUGUAAUCUUUAUAACUCCAAAUAAAGACCACAUGGCUGUAACUGGGAAAGCAAGUGCUUCUAAAUUG